AUGUCUUUCAACACCGAUAUUUCGACCAAAUUGGAAAACAGCAGGAACAGCUUGCGAAAAAUCGCCAGAAAUGAUAACACUGAGUUCUCCAAGGAGAGCGUUCUCCACGACAUGGAGAAGUUCGUCAAAAUGGUAAAUACCAUGGACGACACUGUGCUCGUCCCCAGCCGGCUUAUGAACCUGCCGCAAGAGGGAGACGAUGACCCGUUCAGCCUAUUUGCUAUGCUAAACGAUUUGAAGACUGAGCUUUUAUGGGCGGGAGCUGAACCCGAGGAGGACCGGGCCAGGCCUAGGGUCUCCGAUAUGAGCGACACCGAGAGUGACGCGUCCAGCGCAGCCGGCGAUUCGGGUAUUGAAGGCGAGGAUGAGAGGGAUUCCGCUGCAAGGGCCGCUGAAGACUGCAGGCGUCAUCUUAGAGGUCUGCGCCGGUGUCUCCGCCAUCUUACCGCAACAGCUGCUCACCUCACAAGAUCCUAUCAAGAAGAGGUCGGAGCCCCCGUCUAA